GGCAUUUUGCAGCCUGCCAGACCUCCCUUAGGAAGAGUGCUGAGAGAAAAGGCAUAGAGACUCUUUCAGGACAGCUGAGCCUCAAUCUCCCUGCUACUGGUUAUAUCCUGAUUCCUUCAGUAUGGUGGGUAUCAAUAGCAAUGAAUCCAGUGCCACGUAUUUCAUCUUAAUAGGUCUCCCAGGAUUAGAAGAGGUUCAGUUUUGGUUGGCUUUCCCAUUGUGUUCCCUCUACCUUAUUGCUGUGCUAGGUAACUUGACAAUCAUCUACAUUGUGAGGACAGAGCACAGCCUACAUGAGCCCAUGUACAUCUUUCUUUGCAUGCUUUCUGGCCUAGACAUCCUCAUCUCUACCUCAUCCAUGCCAAAAAUGAUGGCCAUUUUCUGGUUCAAUUCCACUACCAUCCAGUUUGAUGCUUGUCUGGUACAGAUGUUUGCCAUCCAUUCCUUAUCUGGCAUGGAAUCCACAGUGCUGCUGGCCAUGGCCUUUGAUCGAUAUGUGGCCAUUUGCCAUCCUCUACGGCAUGCCACUGUGCUUACAUUGCCUCGUGUUGCCAAGAUUGGCAUGGCUGCUGUGGUUCGGGGUGCAGCACUGAUGGCACCCUUACCUGUCUUCAUCAAAAGGUUGCCUUUCUGUCAUUCCAACAUCCUUUCUCAUUCCUACUGCCUACACCAAGACGUCAUGAAGCUGGCCUGUGCUGACAUCCGUGUCAAUGUCAUCUAUGGACUCAUUGUCAUCAUCUCUGCCAUUGGUUUGGACUCACUUCUCAUCUCUUUCUCAUAUUUGCUCAUCCUCAAGACUGUAUUGGGCUUGACACGCGAAGCCCAGGCAAAAGCAUUUGGUACUUGUGUCUCUCACGUUUGCGCUGUUUUCAUCUUCUAUGUCCCUUUCAUUGGAUUGUCAAUGGUGCACCGUUUCAGCAAGAGGCGUGACUCUCUCCUACCUGUCAUUAUGGCCAACAUCUAUCUGCUGGUUCCUCCUGUGCUCAACCCCAUCGUCUAUGGAGUAAAGACAAAGGAGAUUCGGCAGCGCAUCCUUCGUCUUUUUCUCAUGACCACACACUCUUCAGAUCACUAGGAAUCCAUGAUAAAACCUUCAUUGAUCCAAAGUUCUGUAAUUCAUACUUUAGUAUGAUAUCUUAGAAGACUGUAUUAAGAAAAUAAAUCUUUCUUAAUCAAAACUGAGCUCAGAUUUUUCAAAGAUGAAACUAGUUGUGGAAAUUCUACAAGGAAUAGAAGAACACCUGUAACCUCAAUUUUCUAAUAUCACAUUCCUUUUUGUGUUUUCUCUAGAUGAUUAUUAAGAUCAACACUUGUGUUUUGAAAAUUAUUAGUCCCAAUUUUAUCACCAUUUUCAAACUUCAUUUCACUUAUGAUGGUUCACAACAUUUGGAGAUGGACACCAAAAUUUUCAUCGAAGGCAUGACAAAAGAAAAAUAAACAUAAGACUAUAAUAAAAUUAUAUAAUCUCAUUUAAACCCCAUUUCCUCAUCAGAAUCCAUAAUAACUUUGAAUUUCUAAGAAGUUAGAACUGAAUUCCUUAUUCAAAACAAUCUCCAAAGAAAUAUUGUUUUUCUUUUGGGUCCCAGGCCAAAGCAAAUACACUUGCCUACAUUGUGAGAUGACACACAUUGUUAUGACGGUUGUCACAGCCAUGAAGACACUUUUACUUAUUUAAGUUUAUCAACUUUUUAUUUGUACCUCAAUUGCACCAAUGGGGAAAUUGAUAUUUCAUGGGAAUCAAUGAAUUAUAUAGGACCACAGAAGCUUAAAAAUAGAUGAAAAAAAUAGAAGAGUUUUCAUGUCUAAUUCUAUGUAUGUAGAAUUGUUAGACUGACAGAAUACUGAGUUGGGAAUUUUCAGAGUCUCACACUGUCUUUGGAGGAGCCAUUUGGUCCUUUAUUUCCACUUACUUAUGCUGUUUUGAGUGAUUUUCUAUCAGUAGAAUUCAUGGCUUUAAUCAUUCCAAUAAACAUUGCUCACUUCCUAGCCUAAUCAUUACACACGCAAUAGAAACUGGAGUGUUCCCAAGUGGGUUUAUUUGAGAAACAAUGCAGUCAGCUGCAUAUUCCAUGGGUAUCUGAAGAAUGACUUGGGAGACACAGUUGAGACUAUUCAGGAGCUUGUUGUAUAAAGAGAGGGCUGGUCACCAUGGAGUAGAGAGCCAAAAGGAAGAGAUGAAACUGAAUAGGCUGAAUGAGACUGACCAGGAAGUAGGGCUAGGGAAAAGAUGGGUCCAAACAAAAUGAAGAGCACAUAUACAAGCUAGCACUGCAGAUACCCAGGGCCUUAAGCUGUACUGCAAUGAGGGAAAUAAGGACUGUAUUCCUGCCAGAUGUACUUACCAUGGAUAUAGCUAAGAGUCCUAUCUAGGAAUCCUACCUAGGAAUCCUUAUCUAGCUACAGCAUUUACAGGAGUGGGCAGGGCACUGUAGGAGCAGAAUAGGAGUAGAUUGAUCAAGGAUUGAGAUUAUCACCCACAGUAAAGUCAUAUUCAAAUUCAAGGUAUGACUGGUGAGUAUGAGAGGCAGGCAGCAAAGAGGGUUGAAUUUCUUGGACAUGGUUAGCACAGAGACCCACUUGCACACCCAACUUUUUUGACUAUACUCCAGAAUAUAAGAACUAUGUGCAUGAUAAAAUUGACUAGGCCAAGGUGAGGGGUGGUCAAAGGAAAUAAUAUGAAAUGUACUCAAAGCAAGAUUUGGUCACUUUGAACUGAGGGGAAGAGGGAGAAUAGUCAGUCAUUGCCCAGGAUUGUUCUGACAUUGCAGUUGAGAAAAAGACAUGAUCUUACUAUUUGCAAAUUGACAUGUGAUCACUGUAAACAAAAAUCACAGAUAUUUUGAAAAUAUAAAAGAAAUUAAAGCAUAAUAAAAAUAUUUAAUCUGUUAAUC